ACAAACAACGGAAAGCGCACAUUUUCCGAGCGGCGCCCGUCCUGUGUGGAUCAAAAAUAUUCCAAGCGGCAGACAAUCAUGCGACUGGCAAUCACGUUCUGCUGUCUGCUCUUCUCCUACGUAGUCAUUCUGCCCAACUUGAUGGACACGGAGGAGUUUGAACCUUUGAUCGACAUUUACUUUCUCGCCUUUUGCGCCGCCCUGAUUUACACGCUGCUGUGCAUAAAUAUCGCCAAGUUUGGUUCCGAAGAUUACAACAAAAUCAAAGGCACCAAGCCCUGCAAGCUGCGUCCACUAAUCACCUAUUACUGAAAGAUUAGAUAGCAUUUGUUUCUCCAGAAGUUAUCAUUAAUUAUACACAACGAUUAGAGAAUUAUUAAAAGCAUGCGGGUAUCGGAUUAGCUGUCAGUUCUUGUAACAAGAAAUUAUCAUCAUCAAUUAAAAAUGUCCGUGACCAAGACAAUUUUCCAUUUAUCAGUCACGUUUUAUUUUCUUACUUCUGCGGUUGACGCAAUAAUUGUAGACGACGUCCACCUAAGUACAAAUACAAACUGGGUGGUUAAUUCGCCAGCACAUCUUCUGUGUGAAAUUAGUACAGAGGAGGGCGAAAACGUGACCAAAGUUUUGUGGUAUUUGAAAAGUGAACUUGUUUAUUUGUGGCUUGAAAACGAGACGAUAGAGGUUUUUGGUCCUCUUGUUGACCGCGUUGAAAUUCCGGCAAAUAAAUCGAGCUGGAAUUUGAAAAUCAACCGACUUGCCUACGAAUUAGAAGGCGAAUUCACCUGCGAGGCGACCAACAAUGAGCUUCAGAUGUCAUCAAAAUCUUUCCAUUUUAUAUUAUUUUACAACGAAGGAGCGACCUACGAGGCUUUGACCUCACUUGAAACCUGUCAAUUCCACGUGCAACUCAACUUACCAGCGACCUACCCUCGCCCAAUAGGCUUAUAUUGCAAAAUGUAUUUAGAAUCGAAUGGUUAUGAAUCGGAGGUGAUUCGCGGCUUUAAUGAGACAGGCACAAAUAACGACGGCACUUUUAGUUACGAAUACAACACCACAAUAUGGUUUGCCGACCACCCAACAGGCUCAUACCUGAAAUGUACAAAAUUAAUUUAUGGCAGUGAAGUGGAAUUUUUUACGUAUUUACCUGAGCAAGAUGCUAUGAACUGCCCAAACGUGCCUGAAAAACUAAAAGGGUUCACUUUCGAUCGCGCCAACUCUACUUUGAACAAUGGAUGUCUCAUUCUAAACGGCUACAAAGUCGGCGCCGAGGUCACGUAUCGAUGUGACGUGGACGGAGCGGUGAAAAUGACCGGUGUUUGCCAAGCCAACGGAACGUGGAGCCCAGACGUGACCAACGAUCAAAUAAGUUUGCCGACGUGUGGAGGCGCGUGCAUCAAUUUUAAUCUAUGGCUCUUCAGUUUUUCUUUUGUGAUCGUCCUUAAUAGUUUGGAUGGUUUCAAAAAGUGAUCCUCGCUUUGAUCAUUUUUAAUUGCAGCGUAAAAUUUAAAAGUGAAAUUUAU